AGAAUUAGCCGGUAUGGGAAUGAACAAGCGUGCAGAUUUGAAAUUGCACGGAUUGGAAGGAAGCUCAGGUUAGGUUCGGGCACCUCCAAACGCACCCCCCCCCCUUUUUUUUUUAAAAAGCCACAUGGACUGAGGUCUCGAUCUCCAAGCUCCCCAAGACGGAGCUGGCCCGGCAGCGAGAGGCGGAGGCGCCGGGAGCCCGCACCGAGCGCCGAGCCGGGCGGAGCGCCGAGCCGCGGGCGCAGGCAGCUCCGGGAUGAUCCGCGACAUCGCCACAAAUCUCUCCGCCCAACCGCUCCGGGGACUCCGAGGAAGGCAGCGAGUUCGGAGAUCCGGGCCGGGAGCCGAGUGAGGCCGCCGCCCGGCGGGCUGUGGGCGAACAUCUUGGAAAAUGUAUACAAGUCAUGAAGACAUUGGGUAUGAUUUUGAAGAUGACCCCAAAGAUAAGAAAACACUUAAACCCCACCCAGACAUUGAUGGCGGCUGGGCCUGGAUGAUGGUCUUGUCCUCUUUCUUUGUUCACAUCCUCAUCAUGGGCUCCCAGAUGGCCCUGGGUGUCCUCAACGUGGAGUGGCUUGAAGAAUUCCAUCAGAGCCGCGGCCUGACGGCGUGGGUCAGCUCCCUCAGCAUGGGCGUCACCUUGAUUGUAGGACCUUUCAUCGGCUUGUUCAUUAACACCUGUGGGUGCCGCCGGACGGCCAUCAUCGGAGGGCUGCUGAACUCGCUGGGCUGGGUGUUGAGUGCCUAUGCCGCGAACGUGUAUUAUCUCUUUAUUACCUUUGGACUGGCAGCUGGCUUCGGCAGCGGGAUGGCCUACCUGCCGGCCGUGGUCAUGGUGGGCAGGUACUUCCAGAAGAGGCGCGCGCUCGCCCAGGGUCUCAGCACCACCGGGACCGGCUUCGGCACGUUCCUCAUGACGGUCUUGCUCAAGUACCUGUGCGCGGAGUACGGCUGGCGGAACGCCAUGUUCAUCCAGGGCGCCGUGUCCCUGAACCUGUGCGUGUGCGGGGCGCUCAUGAGGCCGCUCUCGCCUGGGAUGGACUGCGAUGACCCCGAAGGGAAGGCGCCACACCACGUCCUGCCGGCUCACUCCACUGAAUCGGUCAGGUCCAGUGGACACCUGGGGGAAGCCGAGGACAAGCCGGGGGGCCCCUGCACCGAGGACACCUCCCUCGGGGACGCGCCCGCCCAGGCGUGCCAGGAGAAAGCCGCACACACAGACAUGUGCGCCUUCCGGCUUCUGAAGACGGUGAGCCAGCUGACCAUGAGGGUCAGGAAGGGCUUCCGGGACUGGUACUCGGGCUAUUUUGGGACAGCCUCGCUCUUUACUAAUCGGAUGUUUGUCGCCUUUAUUUUCUGGGCUCUGUUUGCCUACAGCAGCUUCGUCAUCCCUUUCAUUCACCUCCCAGAAAUAGUCAACUUGUACAAGUUAUCAGAGCAAAAUGAUGUGUUCCCCCUGACUUCGAUCAUAGCCAUAGUUCACAUCUUUGGAAAAGUGGUCCUGGGCGUCGUGGCCGACCUACCCUGCAUCAGCGUGUGGAAUGUCUUCCUGAUGGCCAACUUCACCCUGGUCCUCAGUAUUUUUAUUCUGCCCUUGAUGCACACCUACGCCGGCCUGGCAGUCAUCUGUGCCCUGAUAGGCUUUUCCAGCGGUUAUUUCUCCCUGAUGCCAGUGGUGACGGAGGACUUGGUGGGGAUUGAGCACCUGGCCAAUGCCUACGGUAUCAUCAUCUGUGCUAACGGCAUCUCCGCGUUGCUGGGACCGCCUUUUGCAGGGUGGAUCUACGACAUCACCCAAAAAUAUGACUUUUCCUUCUAUAUAAGCGGUUUACUCUACAUGGUAGGAAUCCUCUUUUUACUCAUUCAACCGUGUAUUCAAAUUAUAGAACAAUCCAGAAAAAAAUACAUGGAUGGUGCAAAUGUGUAGUGUCCUGUGAUGUUCCAUGUAAGGUUUCCUUGUCAUACUCAUGCAUCCCUCACAUGGUUACUGUGAGGAGCCUGUGACAUAUCGUGGGAAAGUUGUCCCGUAACUGACACUGUUGUUUUAAAUGCCGUUGCCAUGGCUUCAUGUGAAAGCAGCGCUGCCUUUCCGUGUGGGGAGAGCGCUAUGGACCACAUACACCUUAGCGAGGACAGUGUCCUGCAAAGACAGCUUGUUGAAUCACUGGUAGAAAUGCCCUUCUAAAAACUAUCUCAUCAUCCAUACUCGGACUAGGGUUUUAGACAUAGCUUUUAAAACAGAAUGAUAGCUUCUCAACCUCGUUACUUCUUUGUAAUGUGAAAAUAAGGUGUUUAAGUGCUUCCGGAAAACUUAACAGUUACAGGUUUCCCCUGCUUUUUGAAAGCGCUUUUCACUACUUUGCUUUUACAAAAGACCUGCAUUAGUUUUUGCUCACAGUAAAAACUAGAGGAGGAUUUUUGCGUUUACAAAAAAAGGGGAACCUUGUUCAGCAUUUGUUUUGCUGCGAACCUUUGUAGAGUCGGUGCCAAGCUCCCUCCCAGGAACCACACAGGCAUCUCAGCAUCAAGUCGCCAGAACUUUGGAUGGUGUCUAUGAGCAUCCGUGCUUGAUCUCAGUUUAUUUGUGCAUCCAUUAGCAAGAUGUGUCCGGAGGUCAUGGCUUCUUUGCUUUAUGCCAUUUCAAUUAAGGUUUCAUAGAAUGCUCUCUGCUUUCAGACGGUGGAGGAAACCUGUAAAUGAAUUUUAAGCACAAGAAAAUGCUAGACUUCAGAAAUUAUUACAGGGAGCUAUCGCUCUACCAGUGCUAAACAAAGGCAGACCCUAAUUUCAAAGGCAAUGCAUUUAGUACAAUUAGAGAAACACAGUUUAUAUUUUUAUUAAAGAAUUCUGCAGCUAGGGCAUACAAUUUCUAAAUCUUUCUCUAAACAUAGCAUUUGCCAUUACUCCUAAUGCAGUAGUAUCUAGUUAUAAACUGAAUCUUGAGGCAAAUCUUAAUAAAUAAAUAAUAUAAAUAAUCUCCUUAGUGAAAGUCUUAUUUGUGCAUAUAACCAUUGAGUCAAGGGCUAAAAUUUAAGCACUUUUAUUCAUUUUAUUGGCCUCUUAGUUUAUCCGCAUGCUCUGGGGCCUAUAAAAUUUUUUUUCUGGGUUUCUCUUACCCAGUAAAUAAAGUGGAAAAUGAAUUGCUGAUUGACAUGUAAAGCUGGUUGUUUAAGUCAUUUGUAAAGCAUGUUACUAAUCCCAAAUAUAAGACUAUCACGUUGUGAGCAUAAUAAACAAAAGGCCCUUGGUCCAAACGUCUGUGCGCCAGACAUUGGAGUGGUGGUGACAAGCAGCCCUUCUCCAAUGCCUCUUGCUGGGCUAUGUUGUGUCGAUGAUGCCAUCCAACCGUCUCAUCCUCCGUCACCCCUUCUACCUCCUGCCCUCAGUCUUUCCCAGCAUCAGUUCAUUCGCCUGAGCUCAGCACAGUUUUUAAAAUAGUUCUCUUGAUUGAUUUCAUACCGAAGAUAACUAUGAUUCAUGACAUCGAGUAAUGCUCUUCCUUUAUCGGAGAUCUCUAUUUUUCUAAGCCAAACAUUUUUCAGACUGCAAAAUGUUCUUCUGAGAAUCGUUUUGAAAUUUCUGGCUGCCUUACUUGUUUACACCUAUUUUAGAACUAUUUAAAUUUUCACUCACGAUUUGCUUAUCACACACACACAAAUAUUUUAAUAUCCUUGCCAGUGUCUUGGGUCAAGUUUAUCUAAAGUGAGUACAGACCAUUCUCAAUUAGCCUUGGUGAUUAGACAGGAAUGGUACUAGAAACUGGAGUCACAGAAUGUUACCCCAGUCUAAUUUUAGCCAGCUGUUUCAGUCUUUUACUCCACCAAACCCUUCAGAGCUGUUAACAAGUGAUUACAUGCACACAUUUCCUUUUUGUUUCAUCUCCAUUAUUUCCUGCUCUAAUGUCUAGUGGGAGGGGUUGUGUAAUGAAAGGGACCACCAAAAUAACAAUAAUAAUAAAAGGCAGCUAAUGGAAAGGAGGAACAAAAGCAUGGCUAAUAUACCCACACAAUAUUACCUCCAAUGAUUCGAGAAUUGCCUGUAAAUUAUGAUAGAUAAUAAAUUGCAUGUCAUACUCCA